GCUCGGCGUCCGCGUCUCCGGCCGGGCUGCGCCCGGCGCCGUCCUCGCCGCGAUGAAGCGCCCUUGCGAGGAGACGACCUCCGAGAGCGACAUGGACGAGACCAUCGACGUGGGAAGCGAGAACAAUUACUCGGGGCAAAGUUCUAGCUCUGUGAUUAGAUCAAAUUCUCCAACAACAACAUCUCAGAUUAUGGCAAGAAAGAAAAGGAGAGGGAUAAUAGAGAAAAGGCGUCGAGAUCGGAUAAAUAACAGUUUAUCCGAGUUGAGACGGCUGGUGCCAACUGCUUUUGAAAAACAAGGAUCUGCAAAGUUAGAAAAAGCCGAAAUACUACAAAUGACAGUGGAUCAUUUGAAGAUGCUUCAGGCAACCGGAGGUAAAGGCUACCUGGACGCGCACGCCCUCGCCAUGGACUUCAUGAGCCUCGGCUUCCGGGAGUGCCUGUCGGAGGUGGCGCGGUACCUGAGCGCCGUGGAGGGCCUGGACGCCGCCGACCCGCUGCGCGCGCGCCUGGUCUCCCACCUCAGCACGUGCGCCUCGCAGCGGGAGGCCGCCGCCAUGAAGUCGGCCCAGAGCCUCUGCGCCCCGACGGUAGCCGCGCGGAUGCCUCCAGAUCCGCAGAGCAACAAUAAAGCUAUUUGA